GCUUUUAGUUCCCCUCCCCUCUUUCAGUUAUCUCCCUCCCCCUCCUCCCCUGCCUCUUCUAACUCCAGCAGGUCUGGACCACUGACACUCUCCCCUCUCAUGUGAAUGUGUCUGGGAAAAAGGGUGCGUGUGUAUGUCUCCAUUGAGAACUUUUUUUUUUUUUUUAUAAACCAAACUCUUUGUGACAGAGGAGAGGAGUCCCCCUACAGUGCUGUGAUUUGACUAUCCAAACAGCCCGCUUCAGAGGCAUCCAUCCUCCAGCAGGCUCCCGGGACAGCGGAGAUUAACCUCACAGCCCCCUCGGACUCUGAACAUCUGAGACAUCUUUACAUCUGAAGCGGCAGCCCCCGUAGAGAGGAACAGCUGGAAGACUCUCCUCUCAUUUCAAGAGCAGGAGGGGAAAGAGGAGAUCACGUCUGGAUACGUAGAGAAGAAGAGCAGAGGGGAGGCUCAUCUGUGUUUCUGGGAACUUCGAAAGAAAGUCAGCAGGUCCACUAUGAGAGGUGUGACCAUCUUCACCCUCAAUUUGACAGUAACAGUUCUCCUGUGUCUCUGCACCGACGUGAGCUGCCUGGAGGUCACGCCGCAUGACGGUCAGCUCGUCCUUGCCGCGGGCUCCUCUCUCAUGCUCACCUGCUCGGGCUCGGGGGAGACCACCUGGGAGUUCAAAAGGGAUGACGUUCCUUAUUUCCUGGCGGAACAAGGCCAAACUGGUGUGCAGAGCUACCAAAUUGUAAAAAAUGGCGCCAAAUCCAGUGCGUUGAGCCUGUGGAACGUAAGCUGGAAGCACACUGGGGUGUAUCAGUGCAGUGAUCGACACACUGGAGAAAGGAAGGAGGUGGAGGUGUUUGUCCCAGAUCCUCAGGUAUGGUUCGUUGAAAGCGCUCAUGGUAUGCUGACCAAGACCAGUGAGCAGACCACCAUCCCCUGUGUGGUCACCAACCCCAAGAUCAACGUCUCCCUCUACGAGAAGGAAACUGACCUCCUAGUCAAGGGGCUGUAUGUCCCCAGCGAGGGGUACACUGCAGCCCUGGAGGACAGGACGUAUGUGUGUCGUGGCGAGCUGAACGGAGAGGUGAAAGAGUCCCAGGCUUUCUAUGUCUUCAGUAUCUUCGUCCCAGAGGCCAUCGACGCCUACAUCAACGCAUCAAAGACGGUGCUGAAGCAGGGCGAGCCACUGACAGUCAACUGCACCGUGCACGGAGCCGAGUUGGUCUUUUUUUCUUGGGAGUUCCCCAACAGGGAGGCAGCUGAUGUGGAACCACUAACAGACGUCCUGUCAGCUAUGAACAUGAGGUCCUGCCUCAUUUUCCCUCAUGCCACGUUAGGCCACAGCGGAAACUAUGUGUGCCAUGUCCACGAGGGGGUCCAGGACCAGACGGCCUCCGCCAGUGUCAACAUCACAGUGCUCGAACGAGGCUUUGUGGCAAUACAGCCGGCUGAGGAUUGUCACGUUUCGGCCCGGCUGCAGGAGAACGUGGAGCUGAAGGUGGAGGUGGAAGCCUACCCUCCCCCUCAGGUCAGCUGGAGCAAAGACGGAACUGCAAUCAAAGGAGACAAAAUCAUCAUGAACAGACAAGAGCAUGAGAUCAGAUAUGUCAGCAUCCUCACUUUGGUGCGGGUGAGGCCGGAGCAGAGGGGGCUCUACACUGCCCGGGUCACCAAUGGAGAUGACACUAAGGAUGUGACUUUUGACCUGGAAGUCCUAGUUCCCGCUCAGAUUAAAGAUCUGACGGACCACCACCUUCCCGGAAAGAGACACCUUGUGACCUGUGUAGCUGAGGGGGUCCCGACCCCGACCAUACAUUGGUACAGCUGCGACAGCAUGCUCAAGUGCAAUAACAAGACUACAAUAUGGCAACCGCUGGCACCAGAAGCAGAGGUGCUGAGCAUCCAGACCAACGUCACCCACAGCGAGAACCGUAAAACCAGUCAGGUGUGGAGCCGUCUAACCUUCCACAAGCCGCAGCAGGUCACAGUUCGUUGCGAGACCAGCAACCAGGUGGGGAUGGUGGACAGAAGAGAUGUCAAACUGGUGUCCAGCACUCUCUUCUCCCAGGCGGCAGUGUUGGCAGCAGUCCUCGCCUUAGUGGUCAUCAUCAUCCUGGCCAUCAUCAUCCUCAUCGCAGUGUGGAGGAAGAAACCUCGCUAUGAGAUCCGCUGGAAGGUCAUAGAGUCAGUGAGCCAGGAUGGUCACGAGUACAUCUAUGUGGACCCCAUCCACUUGCCCUAUGACCUCACCUGGGAGAUGCCCAGAGACAACCUGGUGCUGGGUCGCACUCUCGGAUCGGGAGCUUUUGGCAGGGUGGUCGAAGCGACUGCGUAUGGUCUCUCGCAUUCCCAAUCCAGCACAAAAGUGGCCGUCAAAAUGCUGAAAUCAACAGCGAGAAGGAGCGAGACUCAAGCCCUGAUGUCAGAGUUGAAGAUUAUGAGUCACCUGGGUCCUCAUCUCAACGUUGUCAAUUUACUGGGAGCCUGCACCAAGCAUGGUCCUCUGUACCUGGUGACUGAGUAUUGUCGCUAUGGCGACUUGGUAGACUACCUGCACAGGAACAAGUACACUUUCUUGCAGUAUUUUGCUGAGAAGAACCAAGAUGAAGGCUGCGUGAUCUCGAGGGGAAGCAGUCCGCUCAGUCAGGGGAAAGGCUACGUGUCAUUUGGAAGCGAGAGCGACGGAGGCUACAUGGACAUGAGCAAAGACGAGCCCUGUGUCUAUGUUCCCAUGCAAGAGCAGAUGGACUCCAUCAAGUACGCCGACAUCCAGUCAUCUCCAUACGAGUCGGGCUACCAGCAGGACCUCUACCAGGAACAAGUUGGCGGCAGACUGGACCUGGUCAUCAGUGACUCGUCCACACUCACUUAUGAUGACCUGCUGGGUUUCAGCUACCAAGUGGCUAAGGGCAUGGAGUUCCUGGCUUCCAAGAAUUGUGUUCAUCGUGACCUCGCCGCCAGGAACGUGUUGAUCUGUGAGGGAAAACUGGUGAAGAUCUGUGACUUCGGACUGUCCAGAGACAUCAUGCACGACUCCAACUACAUCUCGAAAGGCAGCACCUUCCUGCCCCUCAAGUGGAUGGCACCAGAAAGUAUUUUCCACAAUCUGUACACAACUUUGAGCGAUGUGUGGUCCUAUGGCAUUCUUCUCUGGGAGCUUUUCACACUCGGAGGAACCCCCUACCCUGACCUGCCUAUGAAUGAGAUGUUUUACAGUGCCUUAAAGAGAGGCUACAGAAUGGCCAAACCUGCUCACGCCUCUGAUGAAGUCUAUGAGAUCAUGAAGAAGUGCUGGGACGAGAAGUUUGAGAAAAGACCUGAGUUCUCCUUCCUCGUUCACAGUAUGGGAAACAUGCUGACUGAAAGCUAUAAAAAGAGAUACAGCCAAGUCAUUGACAACUUCCUGAAGAGUGACCACCCGGCUGUGGCCCGCACUAAGCCACGCCUCGCCUCCCCCUUCUCCGACGCCAACUCAACAUUCAGCUCCCCUUCCAUCGUCGCCCUCUCCUUCUCUCCACAACCUCGCGGUCAGGGCUCAAGCCUGGCUUAUUCGCAGGAGGUAGUCCCUUCCUACAACGACUACAUCAUACCCAUCCCGGACCCCAAGCCUGAGGACGCGUUCACUGAAAUGGAGUCAGAAAGUCCCGCAAGCUCCGUGGUUCUGGAAGAGGAGACAGACUCUGUUUCCCAGGACACAGCCGAUACCCUUCCAGAAGAGGAACGGGUGGAAGGGACCAGCGAGAGAGAUGCUCUGCUGGGCUUCCCGGGGACGCCCGAGGUAGAAGACAGCUUUCUUUAGUCACAUUUAGGACUGCUGGAAAAAAAUCUGGGAAAAAAACAUUUGCUGGAGGAUUCCCCCACCCCCACUAUCAUUACACAGGGCAUAAACAGGGAACUAAAAGGAGCCUUGUAUUUCCAUCAAACACUCGAGACGCUUUGUUCAUCAUCUAUCUAUCUAUAUAUAUAUAUAUAUAUACAUACACAAACACACAUAUAUACAUAUAUAUACACAACGUUGUGUGUGUGUGUGUGUGUGUAUAUAUAUAUAUAUAUAUAUAUAUAUAUAAAACCCCAAUUCCAAUGAAGUUGGGACGUUGUGUUCAACAUAAAUAAAAACAGAUUACAAUGAUUUGCAAAUCAUGUUCAACAUAUAUUUAAUUGAAUACACUACAAAGACAAGCUAUUUAAUGUUCAAAGUGAUAAACUUUAUUGUUUUUAGCAAAUAAUCAUUAAUUUAGAAUUUUAUGGCUGCAACACAUUCCAAAAAAGCUGGGACAUGGUCAUGUUUACCACUGUGUUAAAUCACCUUUUCUUUUAACAUUUAAUAAACGUUUGGGAACUGAGGACACUAAUUGUUGAAGCUUUGUAGGUGGAAUUCUUUCCCAUUCUUCCUUGAUGUAUAGCUUCAGCUGUUCAACGGUCCGGGGUCUCCAUUGUCAUAUUUUACGCUUCAUAAUGCGCCACACAUUUUCAAUGGGAGACAUGUCUGGACUGCAGGCAGGCCAGUCUAGUACCUGCACUCUUUUACUACGAAGCCACGCUGUUGUAACACGUGCAGAAUGUGCUUUGGCAUUGUCUUGCUGAAAUAAGCAGCGGCGUCCAUGAAAAAGAUGUUGCUUGGAUGGCUGCAUAUGUUAACACAGCCCCAUACCAUCACAGAUGCUGGCUUAUGAACUUUGCGUCCAUAACAGUCCGGAUGGUUCUUUUCCUCAUUGGCCCGGAUGACACGACGUCCACAAACAAUUGUUCCAAAAACAAUUUGAAAUGUGGACUCGUCGGACCACAGAUCACUAUUCCACUUGAUAAAUGGCUUUUGCUUUGCAUAGUAGAGUUUCAAGUUGCACUUACGGAUGUCGCGCCGAACUGUAUUCACUGACAUUGGUUUUCUGAAGUGUUCCUGAGCCCAUGUGGUGAUAUCCUUUACACAUUGAUGUCGGUUUUUGAUGCAGUGCCGCCUGAGGGAUCGAAGGUCACGGGCAUUCAAUGUUGGUUUUCGGCCUUGGUGCUUACAUGCAGUGAUUUCUCCAGAUUCUCUGAACCUUUUGAUGAUAUUACGGACCGUAGAUGAUGAAAUCCCUAAAUUCCUUGCAAUGGUACAUUGAGGAACAUUGUCCUUAAACUGUUCGACUAUUUUCUCACGUACUUGAAACUCGUCCCAUCUUUGCUUGUGAAUAACUGAGCAAUUCAGGGAAGCUCCUUUUAUAUCCAAUCAUGGCACCCACCUGUUCCCAAUUACCCUGUUCACCUGUGGGAUGUUCCAAACAGGUGUUUGAUGAGCAUUCCUCAACUUUCUCAGUCUUUUUUGCUACCAGUCCCAGCUUUUUUGGAACGUGUUGCAGCCAUAAAAUUCUAAGUUAAUGAUUAUUUGCUAAAAACAAUCAAGUUUAUCAGUUUGAACAUUAAAUAUCUUGUCUUUGUAGCGAAUACAAUUAAAUAUAGGUUGAAGAUGAUUUGCAAAUCAUUGUAUUCGUUUUUUAUUUAUGUUUAACUUCAUUGGAAUUGGGCUUGUAUAUAUGUGUGUGUGUGUGUGCGUGUAUAUAUAUAUAUAUAUAUAUACAUACACACACAGCACAAUUAAAAUGUAUCACAAUGUAAGUCUGUACAAUCAAUAAUCGGCAUGGUUUUGUCACUCUUAGAAUGCUGGGAUGACAUAGAUACGGUACAUUCCUUAUAAUAUUCUUUAGUAUUGCCUGUAAUUAAUGUGAUAUUUGGGAAAUAUUAACCAUAAAGUAUGUCACUUUUUUUUUAGAUACAUGGAAAUCCAUAACUCAUACAGAUGUUUGAUAGCCAGGUCUUAUAUAAAGAAACAAACAUAACGUGUUAGAAAAUAUUGAAAAUGCACAUGUUGAAAUGCGGAAUCUAUGCACUGUUUUGAUAACCCAUAAUAAUAGAUGGCUUUAGUUGAAUAAGCUAAAGAGAACAAUAUGAGAUUUUUUUGUCUUUUGGAAUGAAUGUUUUCUUUCUGAAUAUGUCUUCAUUUAUAGUUUUGUGCCAGAUUUGCACUUUAUGUAGAAUAUAUACACAUAUAUAUUCAUGGUUAAGGUAAAUGUAAAAUGUUCGCUCUGUUAAAUGAUGUUUGACCUGUAAACCUGUAUUCUCGCUGGCAUGUGAUAAUGUUUUAAAUCCGAAAAAUGAAGAUACUGUAUUUGUGUGCAUGUGUACAUCAGUUUAUUGCAAUGCAUUUAUGAGAACACUAAAUUGAAAAAAAUAUAGUGAUGUGACAAAGUAUUUGCUGCCCUCUCAAAUUCAUAUAUACAUUUUUUUACAUAGUUUCCCCACUUUGUUUAAGAUCAUUAAAAAAAUGUAAAUAUCAGACAAACAUAACCCAAGUAAAAUAUAAUGCAGUUUUAAAAAUGGUGAUUUCAUUUUUUAAGGAAAAAAAAAAUAUUCAAAGUUACCUGGCCCUGCGUGAAAAAGUAAUGGCCCCCUAAACCUAAUAACUGGUCCUCCUCAGCAGGAACAACGGAAAAUCAAGCAUUUUCCAAAACUGGCAAUGAGUCUUUCAUAUCUCUGUGGAGAUAUUUCGGAAUUGUUUUAAUUCAGCAACAGUGGAGGGUUUUCGAGAAUGAACGGCCCUUUUAACAUCAUGCCACUGCAUUUCAAUCGGAUUCAACUCUGGACUUUGACUUGGCCACUUUUAUUUGUAUUUAUUUAUUUUAACUAUACAGAAAUUGACUUGCUGGUGUGUUUUAGAUCGUUAUCAAACUGAUGGCUGAACAUUCUCCUUCAGGAUUUCUGUUAAAGAGCAGAAUUCAUAGUUCCAUCAAUCAUAGCAAGUUGUCCAGGUCCUGAAGGAGCUAAGCAGCCCAUGACAUCACACUACCACUACCAUGUUUGACUGUUGGUGUGAUGUUAUUUUUUUUAAAUGCUGUGUUACAUUCAUGCCAGAUAUAACGAGAUACCCACCUUCCAAAAAGCUCAACUUUCAUCUUGUCAGUCUAUAUAAUAUUCUCCCAAAACUCUUUUUGGAAAAAGUAAGAGGAGCAUUUAUGUUCUUUUUGGUCAGCAGUGGUCGCCUAGGAACUCUGCCAUGGAUGCCAUUAUUGCCCAGUCUCUUCCUUAUUGUUGAGUCAUUAACACUAACCUUAACCGAGGAAAGGGAGUUCUGCAGUUCUUUAGAUGUUGUCCUGGCUUCCUAUGUGACCUUCUGGAUGAUUUGUUGCUGUGCUCUUGGGAUCAUUUUUGUUGGCCAGCCACGCUUGUGAAGGUUCACCACUGUUCCAUGUUUUCUCCAUGUGAGGAUAAUGGCUGUCCUUAGGGUUAGCUGGAAUUGUAAAGCUUUCGCAAAGGCUUUUGUAACCCUUUCCAAACCGAUAUUACAAUACAAUACCGUUCCUGCGUGGGGUUUCUCCGGGCACUCCGGUUUCCUCCCACAUCCCAAAAACAUGCAUUAAUUGGAGACUCUAAAUUGCCCGUAGGUGUGAAUGUGAGUGCGGAUCGUUGUUUGUUUGUAUGUGCCCUGCGAUUGGCACAUACUGAACUGGCAGUUCAGGGAGUACCCCGCCUCCUGCCCGAUGACAGCUGGGAUAGGCUCCAGCAUGCCCACGACCCUAGUGAGGAGAAGCGGCUCAGAAAAUGGAUGGAUGGAUGGAUGGAUGAUCUUAAAAGUGAAGAAGCUGCAAAAAAUAUAAACACAUUUGAGAAGGUGGCAAAUACUUUUUGACAGGACUGUACAUCUUUGUUAUAUCUCAGAAUCUUCAUUUUUCAGUAAAGCAAGAUAUUUUUGGACAACUUAAUGCAUAAAGCAAGGUCUAUAAAUGUAUGCGUGAACUUGAGAGCCAAGUAGUCCAACUUCACAAAAACAUCUCCCAGACACAAUCUUGUAGAUUGUCUUAUUUUCAAAAGUGGAAGCUACAAAGGGUGGCUGCUCCUAUAUUUUCCUCCAUGUUAUCUUCUUGUCGGUGUAUGUCCCAAUACUUGGGUUCAAGUUGUGUACAUAAAUAGCAAGAAAAAAGUUGAUUUAAAUGGAAAAAAAAAACUAAUCUAAACGGCCGAAACAGAUUUAGGUGUCGCCUGCCAGUGAGGAUGUGUGGUUGUUACACUGAGGAGAAUAAUAAAAAUAGCAUAUCACUGCCUUCACACAAAAUGAAACAAAUGAGUGCCUUUUUUUGUACAGUCUAUUCACUGUACAUAUUGUUGCAGCAAAUUGCUUAUAAUGAGGGGCUACUGUGCACUGAUAUAAAGCGUGCACCUACAAACGUCAUGCACGUAUGCAACACUUUGUCCAACCACAAGCUAUGGUACCAAAGCUCAACGUAAGGUUUCCUAUGUGUAUACUUUAUGUAUUGUGAAAAUAAAUGUGUAUCAGCACACAGA